AUGAAGUACCUCCAGCUCCUCGCUGCCGCUUUGGCUGUUGCCCCCACGGUGACGCUGGCUGCCCCCCGUCCACCGUCAGGCGAUGUCAACCCCUACGUUGGAAAGAGUCCCUUCGCCAUCCCCACCUACGCCAAGAAGCUCGACGAGACCAUCCGCUACUUCAACAGGCGAGGUGACUUCUUGAACGCUGCUAGGACCCGCACCGUCAAGGACAUCCCCACCUUCGCUUGGAUCUCCAAGUCUGCUGACAUCUCCACUGUCAAGCCCCUCAUCCGCGACGCCCUCGCCACCCAGAGGAGGACCCGCAAGAAGCAGCUCGUCCAGCUCGUUGUCUACAACCUUCCCGACCGUGACUGCUCUGCCAAGGCUUCCGAUGGUGAAUUCAAGCUUGACGACGACGGCUUCAACAAGUACAAGAAGUUCGUUGAUGAUGUCGCUGCUGAGCUUUCCACCAGGGAGGCCCGAGAGCUCGAGUUCGUCGUUGUCCUCGAGCCCGAUUCGCUCGGUAACCUUGUGACCAACAUGGGUAUUCCCAAGUGCGCUGGUGCUGCCCAGGCCUACCGUGACGGUACUUCCUACGCCAUCGCCAAGCUCCAACGCGAGAACAUUGCCAUCUACCUCGACGCUGCCCACGGUGGCUGGUUGGGCUGGGACGACAACCUCGCUCCCUCUGCCAAGAUCUUCGCCGAGGUCCUCGAGGGUGCCCAGGAAAUCAACCCCAAGUCCAAGGUCCGGGGUCUCGCCAUCAACGUCUCCAACUACAACCAGUACAUCUCCAACCCCCGCGAGAACUACACCGAAUGGUCCAACUCCUGGGACGAGUACCAUUACGUCAACUCGCUCGCUCCCCACCUCGAGGAGGCCGGCUACCCCGCCAACUUCAUCGUCGACCAGGGCCGCGCCGGCAAGGGUGGAAUCCGAACUGAGUGGGGUCAAUGGUGCAACAUCCGCGGUGCUGGCUUCGGUAUCCGCCCCACCGCUGACCAACGCAUCCUCAACAACACCAACGUCGAUGCUAUCGUUUGGGUCAAGCCUGGAGGAGAGUCCGAUGGAACCAGCGAUGAGACUGCUGAGCGCUUUGACGAGAUGUGCGCGAGCCCUGUUGCCCACGUCCCUGCCCCUGAGGCUGGCGAGUGGUUCAACGACUUCGUCGUCAACCUCGUUAAGAACGCUGAUCCUCCUCUCAAGCCCACUUGGUGGUAA